AUGUGGACAGACCUUUCAUCCAGAUUAAUAGACACUGCCAAAUCGACACUAGGCUUGACAAGGGGAGGUAACAAAUCAUUCAAAGAACUAUGGUGGUGGAAUCAAGAGGUACAAACCACUAUACAGGAGAAAAAAGCCUUUUAUAAAAUAUGGUACAAAUCCAAAAACCCAAAUGACAAGUCAAGAUACAAAAAACCCAAAAGAUUAGCUACAAAGGCGGUGGCUAGAGCCAAAUCUAUGGCAUACAAUGACAUAUGGAAAGAAUAUUUUCAGGAGCUUCUCAACUUUAAUACCCACAUACUAUAUCUAGAUGAACACUCCCUAUGUCAAAAUCUUGUACAACUAAUAAUAGAACAAGAAAUAAUCACCUGCCUCAAGCAUAUGAAAAACAACAAAGCUAGGGGUCCAGAUGAUAUUCCAAUAGAAAGUCUUAAAGCCUAA